CUCGAGAGCCAUCACACAAGCAAAUCUCACACCCGGAAUAUCCGUUCAUGCGCACAAGUGCCCCUGGAAUGUGUCAUCCAUUCGUAUCAGCUGUCAAAUCCCUUUGACGCCUAUCGUUGUGGUACGGAUGUGUAUUUGGAUUUUUGUCUGACCACAGAGGAGUACUGGCUAUAUCACUGUAUAUAUGAAUAUACAACUAGUUAUUUAGCGGGUUAGUAUCGAUGACUCGGUUGUUUUUCAAUGAAACUGAAUGCAUUGUCGAUAGUUUAUACUCGGUGAAUAUAAACAAUUGCUGCUCCGAUUUUUCAAGUGUUGUUGUUGGGAUAAAACAAUGAGACUCAAUUACUGACAACAAACUUAGUGUUCUGUUUAUCAAGUGUUUGAUAAUGAUUGAGGAUUAAAUGUUUAAACGAUAAUUGUCUAUGGGCGUUGAUAAUUCCCCUUUUGGAUUCAACGUAUGUAAAAAAAAAUAGCACCUUUCACUAGAGACUUUGAAAGCACCUUUUCAUCGACUGUUUCAAGGGAAUUUCAGUGAAUCAAGCAGAAAGUAUCAUAUUGGAAUGCAGCGAUGGCCAGUGGGAACAGUGGGAGCUUUAUAAGCAAACCGGCCAGAGGAUGGCUCCACCCGGAUCAUUUGGUCAGCAAGGAGGGUAUCACUUAUGCUGUGCGGUACAUUGGAUGUCUGGAGGUCUACACGUCGAUGAAGAGUUUGGAUUUUGAGACACGCUCAUGUGUAGCCAAAGAGUGCAUCAAUCGAGUUUGCGAGGCAGCAGGUUUAAAAUCUGCAGACAAAAAAAGACGGGUGGACAGAAAAGUAUUGCGAGCAAUUGCUGAUAAGCCUUGCAUGGAGCAUGCGGGUUCCAAUAUAAAUCUAACAAUCAGCAGUACCAGCUUAGCACUGACAACCCUUGAAACUGGUCAUGUGAUAGCCAAGCAUGAAAUGCCGAGGAUUUCGUUUGCCUCCGGUGGCGACACGGAGAUACUGGACUUUGUCGCGUACGUAGCAAAAAACAUGCAGGAAUGGCGAGCUUGCUAUGUGCUGGAGUGUGGCGGCGGUCUGGCGCAAGACGUCAUAUCGACAAUUGGUCAAGCAUUUGAAUUGAGAUUCAAAGAAUUUCUGACAAAACCAUCCUCACUACACCCUGUAUUGAAUGGAAUUCGAGAACCAGACAGGGACUACUACAACGAUCUGCCAGGAAAAGUACCUCCAGACAUCGGACCACCACCAGUGCCCCCACUUCCUAUCACGGCUUCUACUCUUCCCAAUCUGAAACAUCAUCAUCCACCUCAGAAUCACACGGUGUCGAAUAAUAUUCAGUGUACACCAUUGCCUGAUCCAUUCAUCAAUGGCCGCGGACGACAUACCGCUGGGCAACAGUGGCCUGAAACCGGUAACUUAAUUGAUUUGAGUUCAGACGGUGCGGCAUCUGCUCAAUCAGAGCACAAUUAUGUCAAUGACACGGUGAUAGCGGCGAGCCGCGACAAUCGUCGGGAGCCCUCUUCGCUUUUUGAUGCAUUUGACAUGCAGCCGUUCAGUACUGCGAUAUCAGAGAUGAAUAAAUUGAGUCCGCGAUCUCAACAGCACCAGCUGAAAAUGGAGGUUUGGUACCACGGAAGUGUUAGCCGAUCUGAGGCAGAAUCAAUGUUGACUAAAGAUGGUGAUUUUUUGGUUCGCGAAUCUCAGGGAUCACCAGGGCAGUACGUCUUAACGGGGAUGAAUAACGGAACUCCUAAGCAUUUACUUUUAAUCGACCCUGAGGGAGUUGUUCGAACAAAGGAUCGAAUUUUUGACAGUGUUAGUCACCUCGUGAAUCACCACUGCGACAACGCUCUUCCAAUUAUAUCUGCCGACAGUGCUCUUGUGCUUCGUUAUCCAGUUCCAAGAAGAACCGAUUAUUAAUGAAUUUGUCUCCAUUCAUUCUGAAAAGAUAGAAAAAAGUGAAAUGCUGCUGCCAAGUAGUCGAUUUAGCAAAUGGAAAAACUGAGAGAGUAGCAGAGAAAGUAAAGAGACUUCAGAAAAGAUUUUUACCGGUGACACCGAACAAUUUAAAUCGUAUUUGCGGAUAAUGGAAUAUGUUAGUUCUUUCUGUAUCGUUUAAAAAAAAUUCUUUUCAAUUCUUCCGCACUCCUGAAUCUCCCAAUUAACGAGAAUGGAUAUUGCGAAUUUAUUACAUUCAAGAUUUUACAAGGGGCAAAGAGAUGUUCUCUUACUAGGAUAAUUAUUUUAUUUUUGUAUCGCAUGUUUGAGGCGAUGGAGUACGGAAUAUUUGAGUAUAAAGUGAACACAAGAAUUGACGGAUUUUAGGACUUACCAAAAAUGCAUAGGUGCGUUUGUUAGAAAAAUUAUAUGCAAUAUCGAGUACUUUCAGGUACAUUCAUGUUCACUGGCAUAUUUUUUGAUGGAAUUCAGGGUAAAUUUUACAGCUUCGGAACAAAGUUACCCGCACGUGCAAUAGAUUAUUCGUCUCGCACAUUUUACCCGACUUAGAGUAUAAAAGGAUGAAAAUGGUAUUUUUCCGACUAUUACUAGACUUACUCAGUUAUUUUUCUCUAACUGGUUUUUUUCAUGCGAAGAUGUUCGAAGGAAUAGACUCUUUACCAUAUUUUUUUUUAUAAUAUAUAUUUUCGUACAUAUAUAUUCAUCGUAGAUUAUAGAGCCUACCGAGUCACUCUUUACCCCAGGAAAAAUCGACACAUAGUCGAUAUUGUGUAUAUUAACAUUUAUAUAAAAAUUCGUAACAAGAAAGAAAUGAAUGAAGUGCGUCUGAAUCGUUGAAUUGUAAUCAUCUAUUCAUUUAAUCAUGUCAUUAAUAAAAUA